AUGGAGAGUGCCGAUAACUGUGCAGCUAUGCUGAUGGAAGCAGGCAAUGCCAUUGGAGAACUGGCAAGUAUGAUCUGUGGAAAUAAUAAUAGAUGUGUGGCAGCUAGACUGUUGCAGAAUGUGUUCCAGCACAUGCAACCAGAGCUCAGCAGCUCGGAACUGAGAAAACUAUGUGAAACUUUGCGUAAGAUUCUUGAUGCAAUAGUGGAUGCAGAAACAGAAGGUGCUGAACUCGAGGUCCUCAUUGGCCUUAGUGCACAAAUUUGUAAAGUCAUUCCUGAAGAUUUUGCCCGAGAACUAGAGAAUGGUCACCGUAAGGAAAUAUUCGUGAAGAGGCUUGUCGAUGCGCUGAGAGCAAACAUGAACCCAGCUGUCCAUUGCCCUGGAAUCAGGAGGGUUGUAAUUGAGCAAGCCAUACAGCUGAUGGCCUGUAGUUCUCACUAUGCCGAUGCUUUCAACCAAUACUGCAUGAUGGAAGCACUGUUGAUGGUAGAGCGGACACCCUCAAGGGUUGAAAGGUACAGGAUCUUCUUGGGGAAUACAGGAAUCAUGGAGCACAAGGAACCUCUCGCCGAUCUUGUGGCUGCAGCAAAACAACUGUUGUGCCGCCAAUGGGUCAGAGGCCUCAGCAAUGUCAAUCGACAAGGGUUGUAA